AUGGUGCAGACAUCACUCUACGAUUAUGCCAACAAGAAGAAAGCCUCUUCUUCUUCAAACGGAACAAGAACUACACGUGGUGGUAAUGGUACUUCCUUGCCAUCGGCUGUUGGAAAAUCAUCAUCCUCACGAGACAAAUCUUCUAAACGGAAGAAAAAUUUGGAAAGUGAUGAUGAUGAAGAAUUUGAAUAUAGAGAGGAAGAGGAAGAAGAAGAUGGAAUGGAUGAGGAAGAGGAAUAUGAUGAAGACGAGGAAGAACGUCCGAAGAAAACAAAGAAAGGAUCAGCGAGCAAGAAAAAGAGAAGUAAAAAAUCAGUUUCCGAUGAUGAUCAUGAUGAUAAUGAAUAUGAAAUGAAUGGAGGUGUCAUUACAUCAAAAUAUUCUUCCGUUGAUAAAAAGUCAAAGAACAAGAAUGACGAGAGGUUUGAAUUUCUCGUCAAUCGAAUGGAUGCCCAAAAGAGAUUACCUUCCGAUCCGGAUUUCGAUAAAUCCACUUUAUUUAUUUCAUCAACAGAUUUUGCCAAGUUGAGCAGCUUUGAAAAGCAAUAUUGGGAGAUUAAAAAGAACCAUAUGGAUAAGGUUGUAAUGUUUAAGAAGGGGAAAUUUUAUGAGCUUUAUGAAGAAGAUGCUGAUGUUGGAAAAAAAGAGUUCGAUUGGAAAAUGACGGAACGAGUGAAUAUGAGAAUGGUUGGAAUACCAGAACAAUCUUUCAAAACAUACGCAGCCAAGUUGAUUAACUUGGGCUAUACUGUCGUGAGAGUUGAACAAGUUGAAACAGCCAAUGAACAAAAGGAAAGAAAGAAACAAAAAAAGGGAACAAAAGGAACAUCUACCGAUUGUGUGAAGAGAGAAAUUUGCGAAAUUACUACACUCUCCACCAUUACUGAUCUGGAUUAUUUUCCUGACAGUACUUCUAAAUAUUUAUUGUGCAUUAAGGAAGACAUGAUGAACCAUAGAUAUGGUGUCACAUUUGUGGAUGUUUCUAUGGACAUUUUUUACUUGGGAUAUUUGGAGGACGACAAUCACAGAACUCAAAUCAGCACCCUUAUCUAUUCCAUAAACCCAUCAGAGAUUAUCUUAGAGAGACAACAAUUUUCCCCAUCAACAAAAAAAAUUAUUUCCAACCAGAAAACUGUAGUUAUUGAAAAGAGAGUAUCAACAGAUAUUGUGCCCAAAGACUAUAACUCGUAUCCAACUGCUGAAGCUGCAAGAUAUUUUGUGGAGCAACAUGCAGAUUCUCUUGUCAAGGAUCCAAUUAUUGAGAAGUUCUGGGAUAAUGAUUUAGUAAUUUCCAGUUUUGGUGCUUGCGUUUACUAUUUGAAAUAUCUUUACAAAGAUGAUGUUCUUUCUUCAAACACUGCCAAAUUUUUCAGCUAUGACGGAAAAGUCGACAAAGACCAUCUCAUUUUGGAUGGUCAAACUCUACUUAACCUUGACGUCAAGAUUAGUUCAACAAAAGGGACCAGAGAAGGAAGUUUGUUGAGCUUCCUUGACCAUACCAAGACAGCCAUGGGAAAAAGAUUAUUGGAAAAUUGGCUCACCCGGCCCUCGAGAAAUGCCGAUGUCAUUAAUGAUCGAUAUAACGCCAUUGAGGACAUCCAAGACAGCUUUCCUGACCCAGAUGGUGUUCGUGAAAAAUUAGCCGGCAUCAAAGACUUGGAACGAAUGUGCUCCUUUUUGUACAGAGAAUCCCGUAAAGUGAAGAAGGAAGUAUUCUUUGAUAAUAGAGCCUCCAAGAAAAAGAUAAAAACCUAUCUUGAAACGCUGGACAAUUUACGAAAAGGCCUCGACAUUAUUCAAUCAUUACAAGAUUCGAUUGAAAACUUUAAAUCCAACAUUUUACAACACUCACUGGAUUUGACAGCUAUUGAUGAAAUUGAUGCUGCAUUGGCAGAAUUUGAGAAUGAAUUUGACAGAGAAUUGGCCCUGACUGGUGAAAUUAAGCCCAAUGCUGGUUACGGAAAAGAAUACGAAGAAAUGCAAGCACAAAUUGAGAGUAUUCAUAAAGAGGUGGACACAUUCCUUGCAGAUGUUAAGAAAAAAUAUGAUCCCAAGUCCAAGUUAGAUUCAAAAUCAGGAAGUAAAGACUGGUUCAUAGUAAUACCAAGAACAGUCACUGAUCUUCCAGAAGAGUUUGUUAGACAACCCAGAAAGCUCAAAGAAUUUUUCAAGUACAAGCAUUCAUUAUUAACAACAAGUCUCGAGAAAGUCAAAGUUUUGGAAGAUAAAAUGGGUGACAUCCAAAGAAACAUUUUCAGAACAAUUCUUGGACGAUUUUCUGAAUUUGACCAAUAUUGGAAGCGAGUCGUCCAAUGUCUAGCGGAAUUGGACUGCAUCCUGUCUCUCCACUCAGUCAGUAUUGGAGGAGGAUUUUGCAGACCUGUGAUUUUACAAACCGACAAACCAGUACUUAAAGUCAUGCAAAUGAAACAUCCAACCGUUAAAACUGCUGCUGACACAGAUUUUAUUCCUAACGACAUUAUAUUGGGCGGAGAUGACGCAUGUUCCAUUGUUGUGACAGGACCUAACAUGGGAGGAAAAUCAACAAUACUUCGUUCCGCAUGUAUUGCUGUGAUAAUGGCACAAAUUGGAUGUUUUGUACCUGCCGAGAGCUGUGAGCUGACUCUUGUUGAUAGAAUAUUCACAAGAAUUGGUGCCAACGAUAGAAUUAUGGCCGGUGAAUCGACAUUUAUGGUUGAACUGAAUGAAACAUCCAAUAUCAUUCGUCACGCAACUCCAAGCUCUCUAGUCAUUUUGGACGAACUUGGACGAGGUACCUCUACGCACGAUGGCUACGCACUUGCUCGUUCAAUUCUCGAAUAUGUUGCUGACGUUGUUGGUUGUUUGUGUUUAUUUAGUACUCACUAUUUUGAGUUAACGGAGGAAAUGAGAUAUCAUCCCAAUAUUGAUUUCUAUAAAAUGACCUGCGAGGUCCAAAAAGAUGAGAAUGGCAGAAUUUUGGAUGUCAUUUUCACAUACCACUUCAAAAAGGGAGUUUGUGAGAAGAGUUAUGGAAUUCAAGUGGCGAAAAAAGCAGGUGUGCCAAUUGAAAUUAUUGACAGAGCUUCCAUCGUUGCCGAAGAUUUCGAACAGGGAAUGAGAGCCAACAAACCAAUCUCGUACGAUCAAAUUAAUGAUGCGCAACGAGAUAUUUAUGAGUCAUUACGAGCCACUUCAGAAGAAUUGGCAUCUGGUGGUGCGGAGAGUCUUACUCCCGAAUUAUUCCAACAAUUUGUUCAAAAUUUGAAAGAAAAACAAAUUGAAGUACGGAAGGCCUACUCGAAUUAUUCUAAUUUAAUGUAA